CAAUAUUAGAUCAAUAAAAAGUCUGUAAAAGUACUACCGUCGUUGCAGUUGUCGAAUCGGCGACGACGAGUGGCCCACAUUGGCUGCCUCCACUAUCCGCCUGCGAUUGCUGAUCCCACGCCCAUUGCUACGCCCCAUCCUUUAGCUGGUGAGGAUAAGCUUUGGCCGAGGCCAUCACUCGCAACCGCGCAGAUUGUGGGCGUUAGAGAUUGCUAUUGUGCUCAUCUACAGCUUCGUGUCCAAGACUUGAAGUAUAAUUUGUGAGUGGUUCAGUUGGGGCACCAUGGUGCAGUGCCUUCCAGCGCAAUGCCAACUGGUCUCUCCUGUGUCUACACAAAUCGGUCCGAGAACUCGACGACUGACGUGCAACGCCGCUAGGAUAUCGCAUAGCCGGAGAGGCUUAGGGCUGGCGGUGAGGGCGGAAUCCAAAUCUGCAUCCACCUCCACAGUCGAACCUGCAGGUCCUGCACCUACUGAAGAAGUGACAUUGACACCCACCGCACCGCCUUCAAAGUCUCUCAUCAAUGAAGAAAAUAUUCUCAGUGCCAUAUCUGGCCGGAACAUUAUUGUGGAGGAUCACUACGGAAGGUUACGUGUUAAUCCAGAAGCGUCGUCGUCAGAGAUUGUCAAAGCAUAUCAAGAGCGAUGUGCGGAAGUGCGGCAACAAAAUUUGGGGGAAUCCGAAGCUCAGGAGAUCCUUAACAAACUGAAGGAUUCUGUUGACCUCCUGACGUCCGAAGAAGAACGGCGGCUGUAUGACUGGUGCCUGUUGCGCAAGGCAACACACACAGUUGACUACGCUUGGCCUUACGAGGCUGAUCUAACACAGCGGCUCCAAGACCCCACAACUCUCGUUGUGCCGCCGGAAGACGACGGAGUAAACGACCAAGUGGGCCUCUUCUUCGCUGGCUGGUUCGUGUUAUCUUGCGUUCUUAGCAUCGUCAUAGGCCACGGAUGGGACAAAUGCUUGUGAUUCUGCAAUUACAUGACGAGAGCUCUUAUCAGAACUACUGUUAUCAGAACUGCGUGACAAGGGUUCUUGUCGAAAACAAUGCUGUCAGAACUAUAUGAUACGAGCUGUUGUCUGCCUCUAUUACGUAAUAGAUAUUUUGGAAGAAGUCUGAUUUACUGUUAUGUUGCAUAGCCACCCACAUGGUGUACAUAUGGUGCCAAAAAGUUUGACUCAAUUCCACCGUAAAGGUUUGAUGUCUUUAAUUUUAUUUCAUUCAAUAAUGAGGUUUACAUAGUUCAUGAUUU